GUGGUAGUCCAGUGGUGGUGGUUGGGUUGUGUUGUUUUAGCCACUCACAAUGGUAGGUCUUGGGUAAUUUUUCAAAUUUUCGAGGGCAUUUCUGUACUUUAAAUUUAAGUGAGCUAGUAUCUGGCCUGUCAUUCUUAUGCAGGUGUCAAGUUUUAAUUGGCCAUGAAACAACAUGCUGACUUGGAGUCUAGAAACAACUGCUACCAAAGGCUGUGUCCUAGUCGUGCCAAAGUGCUCUCAAUUUGAAUCAGUCCAGUGGAUGAAUUCGUGUGGUCGUGGGCUAGUUGAGAGUGAAGAACAGGACGAGAACAAGAAGAUGAAGUUGAUUGUAGUCGAGGAACAAGAACAAGAAGAGGGAAGUGAAAGUAGAACUGGGUUUGUGGAUUUGGACCCAGAUACGCUUCUCAACGUGUUGAAGCGCGUGGAUGCGGAUGCGGUUACGUUAGGACGAGCGGCGUGUGUGAACAAGCUGUGGCGCAAGGUGGCUGGGGACGACCAACUCUGGGAGCCCAUCGUUACAAGGCACUUUCUUCGCUCGGGCGGGUAUGGGCGCUUCGAUGUGUUCAGAAAAGAGGUCCCCAAGUUUGGUGGCUUCUGUCGAUUCCACAGUUUGCGUCUCUGGCCUCUAUCAAAGCCCCCACCAUCGGAUUUUUUUUCGAUCAAUCCAACGGUCCUCAAAAUCCAGCCCUUUUCAGACAUUGCUUCAACGAGCUCAAAGAUGGUCACAAGGUAAUCAAGAGAGGAUGCAUAACGAAUAAUGAAUGAGAGUCUGAGGUAUCAGAUCGGAAGGUCUCCACGGGCUCUCAAUUCUCUGUUCCUACUUCUGCUUCGUUCUUCAUCUUGCUUGCCAGGUGUUCUAAGAUUUGGAAGCUGCUCUUUUGAGAUCUAAGAGGUUCUGUACCUUCUCUUUCAAGCCUCUACUGAAGAUCACACACAUAUUCAUUGAAUCGGUGGAAUCAAGUUCCUAACCUUCAGCUAUCAAGUAUACUAGAGAUCUAAAUUUUCAAUGAGAUUUUGAAGUGCAUAGAUUGAAGGUUCACAUUGUAGCUGUUCACUGUAAAGGAAGAUUGUGGGAUUCAAAUCUCAGUUUGAUAACUGAAGUUAGAUUUACUUCAAAUUGUUAUUCUUAAUUGUAAAUCUCCAGCUUAUAGUGAAAUUGUUACCUCGGGAUUAAUUAGGUCAAGUCCCCCCAAAUUUUUGCUUUGGAAUAAGUUGUUUUAUAA